AUGGCUUUGAAUAUCUCCCUGCAGCGGCACAGGAUUCCUACAGUCGCUGUUCUCUUCCACUUACUUGUUAGUGCAUUGACUUUGACAGGUUAUGCAUCGGCACAGGUCUUUGACAGUUUGGGAUUAUCGUAUGGUUUGAGAACGGACCUCUCAGAGGAUGCAAUAUUGGUUGCAAACAAUGGAAUACGCGUGCCUUUCGGGAGAUCCAUUUUUGUGGAUCCCAUCAACGACCUGGUUACCCAAGUUCAGCCUGGAGACAAAUGUAGCAUAACCGUGUUGGAUAAUGACCCGUUGUCACAGAGACCGGGGCUGCUCUCCCCGAAAAAGUUUCCGUGUGAAUUCGGUCCCAACGAUGUGAAGUACUCGCACUUCGGUUCCAGGAGCCCGGCAAAGGACAGGGUGAGGCUACAACUCCGCUAUGACACCCAAACUGAUACCGUCAUUAUACCGUUUAUGAUGGAGGUUGAGGUAAUCUUUACACAAUUGGAAGUAUUGACCAGAAAUAUGCCCCUCACUGUUGAAAAGCUUUUAGGAGCAAGUAAUCCCAUUGAUAACAAAAUAUUGGAAUUUACUUAUGACAGAAAUGCCUAUCAGUGCAAAGUCGCAUCACUCGCCAGUGGCAGUGCACUGCCCAGAUAUGGCAAACUUAUUGACGAGGGAAAACUGGGAAAGAUGGUGGACUGUGAUGAAUUUCUCAGACUCAACAUUCGUUAUCAGCACACGUUUGCACAUCGUUCCCCCAACAGAGAUUAUGUUCCUAUGUUUGUAGAGUUACAAGACAAAGAGGGCAACAUAUUAAACCAAGAGUUUUUCCAAAUUAUGGUGCGCAUAAGAGAAGGGGAGGAGAACACUGCCCCAAAGCCCAGUUUUGUGGCUAUGAUGAUGAUGGAGGUGGACCAGUUUGUAAUGACUGCCAUUACUCCUGAUAUGCUGGCUGCGGAGGACAUAGAAUCCAAUCCAGAUGAUUUAAUAUUUAAUAUCACGUCCCCACUGUCUUUUGAAGAGGGCUACAUUGUGAGCACAGAUGAUAGGAAUUUGCCUAUCACCUCUUUCUAUCAGAGGGAUUUGAAGGAGCUGAAAAUAGCCUAUAAGCCCCCCGCUGUGGAUUCAGACAGUGAGCGAAUUUUCCAAAUAGAGUUCGAGGUUGUGGACACUGAGGGAGCUGUGUCGGACCCCUUCGCCUUCAUGAUUGUUGUCAAGCCGAUGAACACUCUGGCCCCUGUCGUGACCCGAAAUACUGGACAGCUGCUGUAUGAGGGACAAUCUAGGCCGCUGUCCAGCUCACACAAUUUGGAGAUUAGCGAUGAAGACAACCUGGACAAUGUGAGGGUCAGUGUGAUUGAUGGGCUCAGGCACGGGCAUCUGACAGUGUUGGGGUCACGGAGGAAGUUUUUCACGCCAGCUGACCUGGAUAAUGGGGUGGUCAUCUACCAGCACGACGGCAGCGACACCUACAGUGACAACAUCAUUUUUCGGAUGACAGAUGGCAAGCACGAAGUGGAAUUCCUCUUCCCCAUCACCGUGGUGCCAAUGGACGACGAGCCGCCAAUCAUCAAUGCCAACACAGGCCUGGUGCUGUUCAAAAAUCAGAUGAUUCCCAUAUCGCCCCUGACGCUUAGUGCGGCUGAUAUAGAUUCGGAGGACUCCACCAUUAAGUUCAUAAUCCAGCCGCCAUUCUCCACGAUAGGAGAGGUGCUGCUGCGGCAAUCUGAGGCCCCGGAGGAUCCGUCCACAUGGCGGUUCGAUGCGGAGGACGAGAUGUACGAGAAGUCAGUGACAGAGUGGCUCCAGGUGGACAUCACCGACGGCAAGCUCUUCUACAGGCACGUAGGGCCUCACAUCACCGGGCCUGUCAUGGACCAGUUUGUGUUCCGCGUCCAGGAUGACAACGACCCCCCCAAUCAGUCAGGGGAAAGCUCGUUCAUCAUCAAGCUUCUUCCCAUCGACGACAUCCCUCCCGAACUCUACCCGGGCACCACGCUGCAGAUGACCGUGCACGAGUAUCAGCUCACAUACUUUCGCAAGAAGUUCCUGCGUUACACGGACCUGGACUCUGAGGAUCGCGACCUGAAAUACACCAUCACGCAGCCACCCACUGACACGGAUGCAAACAACCCUCUUGUGUUCGGGUCAAUCGUUUUGACCGAAAGUCCAGGCGUGCAGGUCACGGAAUUCAACCAGGCGCAAAUCAAUCACCACAAGAUAGCCUACAAGCCACCUGACGUGGAACUGGGUAUCAUAGCCCACGUGGUGCAGUUUGCGUUCACUGUCGAAGACACAGCUGGAAAUAGCGUCACCGGAUCCUUCGACAUUUAUCUUCAGCCUGUCGACAACAAGCCACCCCAGAUAACUAACUCUGGUUUCACCGUGUUGGAGGGCAGCACACAUGUCAUUAUGAGGGAGGAACUGGACACCGAGGACCAAGACACUGACAGCAGUCAGAUUUCAUUCACAAUCAUUCAGUGUCCACUUCACGGUGUAGUCCAGUAUACAUUCACUGACUUGACCAAAGGCGAUGCGUUUAACCUGAGGGACAUUUCAGAGGGGAGAAUUGCGUACGUCCACAAUGGAGAUGAAUCAACCAGUGAUUAUUUCCAAAUAGAUGUUAGUGAUGGAGUCCACGUUGUCACAAUUACUGUCAGGGUUAACGUGAAGCCGGUUGACGAUGAAAAACCCACCAUCAGUCUCCCAGCCGGCACCAUAGGCUCUCACAUUGACGUGUUGGAGAACGGGGCCACUGAGAUCACGACAAGCGUCAUUCAGGGCAAGGACGAGGAUACAGACGACGUCCGGCUGACCUUCAUCGUGGAGGACCCUCCCGUGUUCGGGGAGAUUCUUGUGAACGGGGUGCCUGCUGGGAGGUUCACCCAAGCCGACAUCAUCAGCGGCUUCGUGGUGUACGCGCACACCGGGGGAGAGAUCGGCCUCACCACCAAGCACGACUUCUUUAACCUGACCCUCACGGACAUGUCGGACGAGUGGACCGUCGGGGGCAACAAGGUCACUGGGGUCAGAGUUCAGGUCACCAUAUUGCCCCUGGAUAGCCAGGCUCCUGAGGUGUUUGUAGGCCCCCUGUUCAGUGUAGUAGAGGGAGAGAAGAAUGUCAUAGAGAUCCUGCACAUUAGCGCAGACGACGUAGACACACCCAACGAUGACCUCCUUUGCACGAUCAUUGUUCAGCCGUCGUCAGGCUACAUCGAAAACAUAUCCCCAGCCCCGGGCUCGGAGAAGUCUAGGUCAGGCACAGCCAUCAGUGCGUUUACCAUGAAGGACAUCAGGCAAGGCCACAUUUAUUAUGUGCAGAGUAUUCACAAGGGCGUGGAACCUGUGGAAGACAGGUUCACUUUCAGAUGCUCCGAUGGCAUUAAUUACUCCGAGAAGCAUUUCUUCCCUAUUAGGAUCAUCCCGUCCAACGACGAAAAGCCAGAGAUGUACAUGAGGGAGUUUGUAGUGAUGGAGGGCAUGAACAUUGUCAUAGACACUCCGAUUUUGAACGCAGCAGAUGCAGACGUGCCCUCUGAUGAACUGACGUUCAUAAUCACCAAGCCCCCAAAACAUGGCGUUCUCUUAAACCAGUUGACCUCUGGCACCGUUCCAAUUAGCAAUUUCACCCUUGACCAGAUCAGAGAAGCCUCUAGUAUUGUCUACGAACACGACGAUUCGGAGACCACAGAGGACAGUUUCACUGUCAUUCUCACUGAUGGUAAAUUCACAGUGGAGAAAGAGGUCCUGAUCAUGAUUAUUCCCGUCGACGACGAAACGCCAAGGAUGGCCAUUAACGACGGCCUCGAGAUAGAGAUAGGAGACGUCAAAGUAGUCACCAACAGAGUUUUAAAAGCCACUGACUUAGACUCGGAGGAUAGCACACUGACAUACAUCAUUCGCUAUGGGCCGAACCAGGGAUAUUUACAAAGGCGGACCCCAUUUGGUUAUUUAGAAAACAUCACAAUAGGGAUGAAUUUCACCCAAAACGAAGUAGACCUCGACCUCAUUGUUUACAUUCACAACGGGCAAGAGGGGAUUCGCGAUCUGAUUAAAUUCGAUGUCACAGAUGGCAUCAAUCCCUUGAUAGACAGAUACUUUUAUGUCACAGUGGGCAGUAUAGACAUGGUCUUCCCUGACGUUGUCAGUAAAGGUGUAUCCCUGAGGGAAGGGGGUAGGGUCACUCUGACCACUGACCUGCUGAGCACCCAUGACCUGAACAGCCCCGACGAGCACCUGGUCUUCACCAUCACCCGCGCACCCCAGCGGGGACACCUGGAGUGCACGGACACCCCUGGUAUGCCCAUAAGCUCCUUUACCCAGCUGCAGCUGGCCGGGAAUAAGAUCUACUACAUCCACACGGCGGACGACGAGGUGAAAAUGGACAGCUUCGAGUUCGAGGUGACCGACGGGUACAACCCGGUGUUCCGCACCUUCCGGGUGUCCAUCUCGGACGUGGACAACAAGAAGCCGGUGGUGACCGUGCAUGGGCUGGUGGUCAGCGAGGGAGAGAACAAGCUCAUCACGCCGUUCGAGCUGACGGUGGAGGAUCGCGACACGGCGGACCGGCGGCUGAAGUUCACCAUCACCCAGGUGCCGGUCCACGGCAAGCUGCUCUUCAACAACAGCCACCCGGUCACCUCUUUCACCAAGCAGGACCUGAACGAAAACAUGAUCAGCUACAAGCACGAUGGCACCGAGUCGUCCGUCGACUCUUUCUCCUUCACCGUGACCGACGGAACUCACACAGACUUCUACGUCUUCCCCGACACGGUGUUCGAGACGCGCAGACCCCAAACCAUGAAAAUCUCCAUUCUGUCCGUGGACAACGGCGUUCCACAGAUCGUGGUCAACAAAGGAGGCGCAACCCUCAGGAUUCUGUCCACCGGUCACCUGGGGUUCCUCAUCACCAGCAAGGCCCUGAGAGCAGAGGACCGAGACAGCCUGCAACUGGCCGUCACCUUUCGGAUCACGGUGGGCCCAGAGCAUGGCUACCUCAUCAACCUGGGAAAAGGCAACGUCACGGUCACCACUUUCACCCAAGCUGACAUUGAUGACAUGCAUAUCUGCUACGUGCUACAAGAUGGAGAUAACGCCACGAGUGAUGUGUUCUUCUUCUCCAUCGAGGAUAUCGGAGGAAAUAAGCUGAAGAACCAGCAGUUUCGCCUCAACUGGGCCUGGAUCUCCCUGGAGAAGGAGCACUACGUGGUGGACGAGGAGGCCAAGGUCCUGGAGGUGGUGCUGCGGAGGAGAGGGUACCUGGGGGAGACGUCCUUCGUCAGCAUUGGCACCAAGGACGGCACAGCGGAGCGAGACAAGGACUUCCGGGGCAAGGCCCAGAAGCAGGUGCAGUUUAACCCAGGCCAGACCACCGCUACCUGGAAGGUGCGCAUCCUGAGCGACAACGAGUACGAGCAGUCGGAGACCUUCCAGAUUGUUCUGUCCGAGCCGGUCAUGGGCGCUCUGGAGUUCCCUGAGGUGGCCACUGUGGAGAUUGUCGACCCAGGCGACGAGUCCACCGUGUUCAUCCCCUCGGACGCCUACACCAUUGAGGAGGACAUCGGAGAGCUGCUCAUCCCCGUCAGACGCAGUGGAGAUGCCAGCCAGGAACUCAUGGUCCUCUGCUUCACCCAACAAGCGACCGCCACGGGCACGAUGCCGACGACCGUGCUGUCCUACUCCGACUACAUCUCGCGGCCGGAGGAGCACAACAGCAUGGUGCGCUUCGACAAGGACGAGACGGAGAAGCCGUGCCGCGUGGUCAUCAUCGACGACUCGCUCUACGAGCCCGAGGAGAGCUUCAACGUCACCCUCAGCAUGCCCAUGGGCGGGCGCCUGGGCGCCGCGUUCCCCCACGCCCGGGUGACCAUCCUGCCCGACAUGGAUGACGCACCCGUGUUCUACUUUGGCGAUACAGAGUACCACGUGGACGAGAGCGACGGCUACGUGGAGGUGCGGGUAUGGCGGACAGGCACAGACCUCUCCCAGACGGGCACGGUGACAGUACGCUCGAGGAAAACUGAUCCUGUGUCAGCUGAGGCUGGUCUGGACUACGUUGGCAUUAGCCGGAACCUGGACUUUGCCCCAGGGGUCACCAUGCAGACCAUCCGGGUCAUUAUUCUGGACGACCUUGGCCAGCCGGUCCUGGAGGGGGCCGAGAAGUUUGAGCUGGUCCUCCGCAUGCCCAUGAACGGCAUCAUGGGAGAGCCAGGCAGAGCCACCAUCUUCAUCAACGACUCUGUGUCUGACUUGCCGAAGGUCCACUUCCGGGACACCAUGUACAUGGGCAACGAGAACGACGGGCACAUCUCGGCCCUGGUCUACCGCAGCGGCGACAUCAGCUACAAGUCCACCGUGCGCUGUUACACUCGCCAGGGCACUGCCCAGGUCAUGAUGGACUUCAACGAGAGACCCAACACGGAUGAUUCAAUCAUCACCUUCCUGCCAGGUGAGGUGGAGAAACCAUGCGUGCUGACGCUGGUGGACGACAACGAGCACGAGGAAGUGGAGGAGCUCCGUCUGGUCUUGGGGAGCCCGAGGAGCGAGUCUCCUUUCGGGGCGUCCAUCGGCGUUCAGAACGAGACGCUGGUCAAGAUAAAGGACGACACUGACAGGGCCAUCAUCAAGUUUGGAGAGACAAAGUUCAGCGUGAGCGAGCCCAAGGUGUCUGGCCAGGUGUCCGUGGUGAAGAUCCCAGUGAUCCGCAUAGGAGACACGUCCAAAGUGUCUGUGGUGCGUGUGCACACCAAAGAUGGCUCUGCAUCCUCCGGUGAAGACUACCACCCAGUGUCUGAGGAUGUGCAGUUCAAAGCGGGCGAUACUCGACACUAUGUGGAGGUGGAGAUCCUGUACGACGGCGUGCGCGAGAUGAGAGAGGCCUUCACCGUCCACCUGAAGCCUGACGAGAACAUGGUAGCCGAGACGCAGAUGAGCAAGGCCAUCAUCUACAUCGAGGAGACCAACAGCAUGGCGGACGUCACCUUCCCCUCCGUGCCCACGGUGGUGUCUCUGCUCCAGUACGACGAGAUUAGGAUUAGCAGAGGCGCCCUCCCCCCCGCUGGCUAUCCCGUGGUCUGCGUGACGGCUUGCAACCCCAAGUACCCCGACUUUGACAAGACGGGCUCCAUCUGCGUGAGCGAGAGCAUCAACGACACGCUGACGCGCUACCGCUGGCUCGUGAGCGCCCCCACCGGGCCGGACGGCGUCACCAGCCCCAUGCGCGAGGCCGACUUCGACACCUUCUUCACCUCGUCCAAGCUCAUCACGCUCGACUCGGUCUACUUCCAGGCCGGCUCGCGGGUCCAGUGCGCCGCCCGCGCCGUCAACGCCGACGGGGACGAAGGCCUGGAGCUCAGCAGCCCUGUGGUGUCCAUCAGCAUCGAGGAGGGUAUGUGCCAGCCCCGGGUUGUGGGCACGGUUGGCGCCGAGCCCUUCUCCGCCAAGCUGCGCUACACAGGAGCCGACGACACGGACCACCCCAACCUCGUCAAGCUGACUGUCACCAUGCCACACAUCGACGGCAUGCUGCCCGUGGUCUCCACGCGGCCCCUGUCCAACUUCGAGCUGACGCUGAGCCCGGACGGCACGCGCGUGGGCAACCACCGCUGCUCCAACCUGCUGGACCACCACGAGGUGCAGACGCGCCACGGCUUCCUGACCGCGGCCACGCGCAACCCCGAGGUCAUCGGCCAGACGGCGCCCUACCAGUACAGCCCGGCCCUGCGCGGCUCCGGAACCCUCCGCUUCUACCGCAACCUCAACCUGGAGGCCUGCCUCUGGGAGUUCACCAGCUACUACGACAUGUCCGAGCUGCUCAGCGACUGCGGGGGAACCAUCGGGACCGACGGACAGGUGCUGAACCUGGUGCAGUCCUAUGUGACCCUGCGGGUCCCGCUGCACGUGUCCUACGUCUUCCACUCGCCCGUGGGGGCCGGCGGCUGGCAGCACUUCGACCUGCAGUCUGAGCUGCGGCUCACCUUCGUCUACGACACGGCUAUCCUGUGGAAGGACGGCAUCGGGAGCCCGCCAGAAGCAGAACUGCAGGGGGGCCUGUACCCCACCAGCAUGCGUAUCAAUGAGCACGGUCGCCUGGUGGUCAACUUCCGCACCGAGGCGCGCUUUAGGGGUCUGUUUGUCGUUUCCCACUCAGCAUCCUCUCUGUCCUCCAUGGUCAUGUGUCCGGAUCACCCUGGCGUGACCUUUAACCUCUCCCUUGUACGCACUGAGCCCACCUAUAACCAGCCCAUUCAGCAGUGGACCUUCAUCUCUGACUUUUCUAUUCGUGACUACUCCGGCACGUAUACAGUAAAGCUGGUCCCAUGCACGGCCCCGGCCAGUCUACAGUACACCAUCCCACCUGUGUGCAACCCUCGGGAGCCCAUCACCUUUGACCUCGACAUCCGCUUCCAGCAGGUGAGUGAUCCUGUGGCGGCGGAGUUCAGCCUCAACACUCAGAUGCUGCUGCUGUCCAAGCGGACGCUGUGGCUGUCGGACGGUUCCAUGGGCUUCGGCCAGGAGACGGACACCGCCUUCACGGAAGGUGACAUCAUCUACGGCCGCGUGAUGGUGGACCCCGUGCAGAACCUGGGCGACUCGUUCAUCUGCAACAUCGAGAAGGUGUUCCUGUGCACGGGCGCCGACGGCUACGUGCCCAAGUACAACCCCGACAACUUUGAGUUCGGCUGCCUGGCCGACGCCUCCUCGCUGCUCUACCGGUUCAAGAUCCUGGAUAAAGCCCAGCCGGAGACCCAGGCCCGGGCAUUCGGCAGCGUGAGCUUCAACGCGCUGCUGGCCGUGGACGACCCCCGCGCCCUGCCCCUUGUGAGGCAGCCGGGCUCAGACGGCUUCAGAGUGGACUCGGCGCCGCUCUUCCAGGUGUCUGCUGGGAGAGAGUGGUACAUCCACACCAUCUACACGGUCCGCUCGCGGGAAAACGCCAACCGUGGCAUCGGCAAAAGAAGCCUGGAGUACCACAGCCUGACCUCCAGUUUCCGCUCCUCCCACCACCACCCGACCUCCGAACAGGCUCUCCCUGCUGGGGGCGGAAGGUCACGGAGGUCCGCCAACGGGCUGCCCGCCGUGGCCGAGGACAUCGGCGCCGACCAGAACCGGGGCACCAACAUCCUCCACAUUGCGCUGGACCGCUCCAAGAACAAGCCGGCGGCGCGGCAGCCCGGCGGCGGGGAGCGGUCCGGGGGGGCGGGGGAGACGCGGGCGGGCGAGGAGGGGGUCCUCCCGCAGGAGGUCAACCAGAGAGACUCGGAGGACGAGCAGGCGGUCAUGGUCAUCGGGAUCGUGGUGGGCGUGCUGCUGACCGUGCUGCUGGUGGCCGUGGCGGCGCUGAUGGUGGCGCGCGGCAAGCAGGAGGACAAGAUGCCCGGCGACACCGCGCCGCGGUCGUCCAGCAGCACGGAGCCCAUGGUGGUGCGGGGACCGGCCGCCAGCGAUGACAGCUCUGAGGUCUGAGGGGGGGAGGGGCGGGGCAAUGGGACACUGUACGAAAAAGAGAACAUCACACAUGGCACAGACUUCUACCUUGAUGCAUUUUGUUGAUGUCGCCGUUGUUUUGUUUAGACUUUUUUUUUGUUUUAUACCUGUUCAUUUUGUGUGUGCGUGUGUGUGUGUGUGUUUUUUUUUU